AUGGCACACAACUCAGAUACUAUUCCUCGCAGAAUGGGCAACUACUGGCUGCAAGACCGACUUGGGUCAGGCUAUUCGGGCUCUAUCUUCAAGGCAUGUCAUAUUCACGAUGGCACUCUCGUUGCGCUCAAAGUACAAGACGUCGACCACGAGUGCCCAACAAAUCGCUAUGAGCAAGCCAUCUACCCUCUACUGCAAGGAGGAGAGGGUAUGCCUCGGUUAUGGGCAAGCGGUAUAGAGGGAAAAUGGCAUUAUCUGGUUAUAAGUCUCCUCGGAAAGAGUCUGGAGAGUAUCUACCGACAAAAUUUACAAUGGGGGAACCAGAGGAUGGAUCUGCGCAGUGUAUGCUCUAUUGCGAUCCAGGUGAUCGCACGCUUGCAGAUCAUGCAUAACCGCGAAGUUUUGCAUCGCGAUAUACAACUUGGGAAUUGUGCUAUCGGGUUGACACCUGAAGAGGAAACCAUCUAUAUGAUCGACUUCGGGUUUUCCAAACGCUAUAUCGAUCCAUACACCCGGCGGCAUAUUCCAGACUCAAAGCAAAAGAGAGAUUUUUUGGGCAACUACUGGUUUACGUCUGUCAACGUGCAUUGUAAAGGCAAAGUACCAUCUAGGCGAGAUGAUCUCGAGGCCGCUGCAUUGAUGUUCAUACAUCUCCUUACGCCUGGAGGACUCUCGUGGACACGGAAUGGUGUACCGAAAACCGACGCGGCGCACGAUCGCAUCAAGCGAGCGAAAAAGAGUGCUUGUCCCGAAGACCUGUGCAAGGGAUUGCCUUCUGAGUUCGAAGAGUUCCUGCGGUAUUGCAGACGGCUGAAGUUCUUUGACUGUCCUGAUUACGACCACUGGAAGGACGAGUUCCAGGAGCUUGCACAGGACAGUGGCUUCACCGACAUCGAGCGCUUUAUCUGGCCACCACCGCCAGCUCCCAAGGUUCAACCUCAAGUCUCACGGCCUGUUCCUGCACGGCCCACGAUUGAUGCAGAUGAGAUGGAGAACGUCCUGAAUGACUUGGCUAAGCUCCAGCUCAACCCGCCCCGUCCAAUACUUGGGGACCAAACUAAUGUCCCUGCCCCUGCGCGAAAAGAUACCGCCAAAAAGCCUAGCCAAAUCAUAUUCGUAAGCGACAGCUCCGAGGAUGAUAGAUUGAAGCCAAAUGGCCAACCCCUUCCACCCCGCACUCCCGUACGAACGAAGAAAGCCAGUCAGCUGCAGAAACUCAAGCUUUCGGUCCUUGAUUCGACGGAUAACGCUGCUCUUGCAGUCGCCGUGGAAGAGUUCACGAAAUUCCUGCAACUGGGCUCAAGGACGCUCACCAAAGAAGGAUUCGCCUUCCUGGAUGCACUAUACAAACAGCUCGCAGAUCCUUCGAUAUUCGUACACCCGCUUCGGACUUUACGAAGUGCUAAUCGAGAGGACAACCAAGCCCCUCAACCAGCGUGCGUGAAAUUGGGCGUAGUUGCAAGGCUUCGUCGAGAAGUGGGGACUGCAUCGAGUAAUAGGGUGCUUGCGAAUCUCGUGGCUGACUUUGGUGCCAUUACCAACAAGAGUAGUGGCAGGACUAUCACCAAGGACGGAUUCGCGUUUUUGGAGGGUCUAGCUGCGAGACUACAGGCGUUAAAUUAG